GAACCGCCUCGACGGGAGCUACCGCAAGACCCAGCCGCCGCUCGCCUUCGUUGUUGCUGCCGCCCUCGCCCUCGUCCUCUUCGGAUACCUCCUGCGCGGCCUCUCCGCCGUCCCCGCCGCCAUGGGCGUGUUCCACAUCGUCGCGUUCAAGCUCGCGGACGCUGCCCACAUCGCGCCCCUCACGGCGUCCAUGCUCGCGCUCAAAGAUCAGUGUGUGCGUAACGGCAAGCCGUACAUCCGCGCGGCGAGCGGCGGGCGGCAGACGUCGCCCGAAGGGAAGGAUCGCGGGACGCAGGUCGUGUUCCUGCUCGAGUUCGCGAACCAGGAGGAUGCAGACUACUAUAUCGCCCAAGAUCCGGCGCACGGCGCGUUCAAGGACAAGAUCGCGGGGUGGGUCGAAGAUGUGGUGGUGCUCGACUUUAUGCCGGGUGUGUUCUGAUGCACGGUUGGCUGAGAGCGGGUAGAACGGUGCUGUGGACGACAGUGUCAUGAACGACGGUCAGAGAUCGUUAUACACUCACGCCUCUGGGGCGCCGAGAUGCAAGCCAACGACAGAUUACGACGUCAGCCCGACAAGUGUCCAUUGCCAACGAUUGACGGUCACCCCCAGUAGCACGUCUAAGGGUGCCACCCUCAGCCUAGUGCGUAUGGCAUUGGACACUAGUGCUGUUUGACAGUCGCAUUCGGUUGCUUGGUCCAGUAUUCAAG